AUUAACGUGUUUGUGUUUUGUAUUGAGAAGGUUGACUGGAGGCUGUGUUUGGAAUUAGAAUUUUUAUUUUAACAUCUUUUAUUCAAUUAAAUUGUGCACAUUCCUUGGAAUCGUAUCUAAAUGCUAAUUCAAUAUGAGUUUCUCCAGCGACGAAGUUAAUUUUCUCGUUUAUAGAUACUUACAGGAAUCUGGUUUCCAGCACUCUGCUUAUACUUUUGGCAUAGAAUCUCAUAUUUCACAAACAAACAUCAACGGAGCACUGGUUCCACCGGCCGCUUUGUUAAGCAUCUUACAAAAGGGGCUGCAGUAUACCGAGGCUGAAAUCAGUAUUGGAGAAGAUGGAACUGAACAAAGACUUGUUGAAAGUCUGAGUCUUAUUGAUGCUGUUAUGCCUGAUGUGGUUGCAGCAAAACAAAACCAGCAAAACCAACAGAAACAGGCAGUUAAAAAUGAAACUGUAGAGGCUAAUGGAGAGGAAGCUGUAGUGGCAUCAACUCAAAAUGAAUGUAUGGAUGUAGACCAGUCUAUAGAAAUCCCACCAACGAAAGCCACAGCCCUGCGGGGCCAUGAAUCUGAGGUAUUUAUUUGUGCAUGGAAUCCUACGAGAGAUCUUUUGGCGAGUGGUUCCGGGGACAGUACAGCGAGGAUUUGGGAUAUGAGUGACAAUGCCGCUACCAAAGAUAGGGCUCAGCUGAUUUUGAGACACUGUAUCAGAAAGGGGGACAGCGAGGUUCCAAGCAACAAAGAUGUCACCUCCUUGGAUUGGAAUUGUGAUGGAAGCCUUCUAGCCACAGGCAGUUAUGAUGGCUAUGCUCGUAUUUGGAACACCAGUGGUAUGUUAGCAAGCACUUUGGGCCAACAUAAAGGCCCCAUUUUCGCCCUAAAAUGGAAUAAAAAAGGAAAUUAUAUUUUGUCUGCCGGGGUUGAUAAAACUACAAUUAUUUGGGAUGCAGCUAGCGGUCAAUGCACUCAACAAUUCAGCUUUCAUUCUGCUCCAGCCUUGGAUGUAGAUUGGCAAACCAACACAUCUUUUGCCUCCUGUUCAACCGAUCAGUGUAUUCACGUCUGCAAACUGUCAAUGGACAGGCCUAUUAAGUCAUUUCAGGGGCAUACUAACGAAGUAAACGCAAUCAAAUGGGACCCACAAGGUAACCUGCUCGCUUCCUGUUCGGACGACAUGACCCUUAAAAUCUGGUCCAUGAAGCAAGACAAUUGCGUGCACGAUCUCCAAGCGCACUCCAAGGAAAUUUACACGAUCAAAUGGUCACCCACUGGCCCGGGAACGCAAAAUCCCAACAUGAACCUCAUUUUAGCCUCAGCCAGUUUCGAUUCGACGGUAAGGUUGUGGGACGUUGAAAGGGGAGCUUGCAUGCACACCCUCACAAAGCAUACGGAGCCAGUGUAUUCGGUAGCCUUUAGUCCGGACGGGAAAUUUUUGGCGAGUGGCAGUUUUGAUAAGUGCGUUCAUAUUUGGUCGACACAGAGCGGACAAUUGGUGCAUAGUUAUAAAGGUACUGGGGGGAUAUUUGAGGUUUGUUGGAACUCGCGAGGUGACAAGGUCGGUGCCAGUGCUUCCGAUGGCAGUGUUUUUGUAUUGGACCUACGUAAAUUGUGAGCCUAGACUGGUGAAAUCCACACGUAUUUUCUAUGGAUAAUAUUUCUGAUAUUCAGUGUUAUUUUAUUAAAAAGGGAGUUUCUUGAUAAAUAAUUAUGGAGAUACAAAUUUGAAACUUUUUCCUACCUUUGAGGAAUUUACAGAAGAAAAAACUUCUGUAAUAAAACUUUAAAUCUUUGUUUAUGACUUAAAUGUGUUUAGUUCUUUUAGCGAUGUAUUUAUUUUUUCCUUGGAUUGCAAUAUUUAAAAAUGCUAAAUAAACAUUUAAGAACUUUAAAGUUGAGUUUAAAUGUGACUUUAUUUUAAACCUGUCAUUAGAUUCAUAAUUUUAAUUAUAAAACAAGUUUCACAUGACGGCUAAUUUUGGAUUGUUGACAUCCUAAACAGUUCUUGCACCAUGUUGCAAUGUCACGAUGCAUGUUAGGCCAAACAUACCGUUGCCGAACCAUCCGAUCAGUGAUUCUACUACUAGGGUGAGCUGGAUCAUGAAUUUGAUGAAAAACUUUUUGGCGAAGGCUGACAGGAAUAAAAGGACGAAUAGUCUCAUCUGAUAAUUCGCAAUACACAGUAACCAAGUCUGGACCCCACUGAAGCCCUUUUAGCUUUAUUGGAUGAUCCAACGAAGUAAAAAUCGAUUUUAAUUUAUCAUCACCGACUUGUAAUUCCGCGAGUUCUUUCACAUUAAAAUCGGGAGGCAACUGUACAGGUUCAAUACGAGACAAGGUGUCGGCCACCAAAUUUUGAGAGCCUGCAAUAUGCUCAAUAUGGGUAGUAAACUGGGCAAUAAAUGAUAAUUGUCGUAACUAUCGCGGAGAAGCUUUAUCAGAGCGUUGCUUAAAUGCAUAUAUGAGAGGUUUAUGAUCGGUGAGGAUUUUAAAAUUGCAACCUUCUAGCAAAUAACGAAAAUAUUUAAUAGCUUCAAAAAUACCAGUAAGUUCACGGUCAUAAGCACUGUAACGGAGUUGAGCGGGAGAAAAUUUGCGUGAAAAAAAUGCUAACGGUUCCCAAACACCCUGAUUCUCCUGCUCUACCACUGCUCGCAUAGCAAAAUCAGAAGCGUCAGACACCACGCGGAGCUUUGCCUCAGCACGGGGAUGAACAAGCAUUGUUGCGUUGGAAAAAUCAUGUUUGGUUUUAUCAAACGUCUCAAUAAGCUCGUCAGACCAUGCAAUCUCACGUUUGUCAUUCUUAGUUGAAUUGACAAAUAAAGAGUUCAAAGGAGCUUGAGUUUUCGCAGCAUAAGAAAUAUUGCGGCGGUAAAAAUUCGGAUAUAGAUAUAGACAAAAUCCAGAUCGCUCAAAGCACGAUUAAUAUGACGCUGAAAAGAUUGGCUUGCGUUUCUAAGACCAAAAGUCAUAUAAAGAAAUUCAAAUAGACCAAAAAGUCUUCUGGGGCCUUAGGGAUCUGAUUGUAGGCUCUGUUAAGUUCAAGAAUUUGUCACACACGCGGCAACGCCGCCAGCCUUGGUUUUGUAACUGCGCCGAACGAGACGAUCGCUCUCUUCUCUAGCAGCCGCCGCCAUGCUCGCAUCAUUAGUAUUUUAUUAGUUAUAAAAAUAUACAAUUUAAAUCAGUUUAAGUCUUUUAAUGCAGAAAAUUAAUUAAAAAGCGAUACAGUUUAGCAGAAAACAACAUUUUAUGGUCCUUCGCAGCUCGGAUUGGAUAAGAUUAGACGGAUUUCGGGGUGUACAGUGUUACUAAAUUGCAUGGCCGGCGGCAAACCUGUGUGUGUAAGUCUCCAUUUUCCUUUGUGUUUAUUCCUACUCGUUUAGUGGUUUAGAUAUUGUUUAUUUUAAAUAGGUGUGCCUUAUUAAUAGAUUGAAUAAUCCCUGUUGAGAUGAUCUAGGAAUAAAUUGCCAUUUAGUUAUAGAAAUUGAAAAAUUCGCAUAGAUUUUAUUGCCGUUGUCUGUUUCGCUAGUCUAGUCGCAGGGCGCCACGGUCCAAGGCUCCUGUUUGCACGACUCGGGGGGAGUUUUGGCAUUUCAGAAUAAUAGUGAGUCUUCGCGCGUCGUUACGUUAAGUUAUUGUUUUGGAAUUUCGUAAAGAAUAAUAGAAUUAACAGACAUAAUUAUAGAGUAAAAGGGUAUUAAGCCACUAAUUAACCAAAAUGGGAAAAAAGAGUGUGCAGGGCGAAGAAAAUCUUAGUAAACUAUACAAAAGGGUAGAACAGUUAAAUUUACAGCUAAAAAGAUUUGUAGAAUUUUUAGAUAGAGUAGAAGGGGAGCAACACUUAGCGGAAUUAGAAAUUAGAUUAGGAAAAAUAGAAGGGCUUUAUACAGAAAUAGAUACCGUUUAUUCGGAAAUAGAGUUGCUAGAUGAAGCAUUUGAUGGAAAUCAGGAAAGGGGAGAAUUUGAGACCCAUUUUUACAAGGCACUUGCUGACGCAAAACGUUUUAUAGAUGGACUUAAAAAAGAUAGUUUAAAAAAUAGUAAUUUAGGUUUGCAGCAAGAUCUUGCGUUGGAUAGUGCAGGUUUGGGUGGAGUUUCUGGCGGUGCUAAGCUUCCUAACUUAGGGCUACCAAAAUUUAAAGGCGAAUACGACAAGUGGACACAGUUUUUUGAAACUUUUCAAACUUUAGUGGAUAAAAAUCCUCAGUUAGAUGAAAUUCAAAAAUUUUAUUACCUCCUUGAUUCAUUAGAAGGGAGCGCCCGCAAAGUUUUAGAUUGUCUAGAAAUUAGUCGUAGCAACUACCGAGUUGCUCUAGAGCUUUUAGAAAAAAGAUUUUUCAAUAAGCCUGUAAUUAUUCAAACUCAUUUAAAAGCCUUGUUUGAUACCCCAAUAAUCCAUAAGGAAGGGCAUUUCUUAUUAAGAUCUUUAGUGGACUUAAUUAAUAAACAUCUUAGGGCUUUGAAGACUCUUGGUGAGCCAGUGGAAACAUGGGAUAGGCUAAUAAUCUUUUUCAUGAGCAGGAAAUUAGAUAUGGCUACCAAGGUUGAGUGGGAAGAAAAAUCCGUAGAGUCGUUUGAGGGUAAUCCCAACUUAGAUAACUUUUUAAAUUUUUUGAUCAAUAAAUGUAGGGUUCUAGAAUCGGUGGGCUGUAGUAACAGUAGUAAUAAAACUAUGAAGCAACAAGACAAGACUGUAUAUCGAUCAUCCUUGCCAGCAAUAGGCACUAACAAUCAAAUAAAAUGCGAGUUUUGUCAAGGUCCACACUUCGUUUAUCGGUGUGAGCGUCUUAAAUCAUUACCGGUUUCAGAGCGUUUAGAAAAGAUUAAAAUGUUAAGGCUUUGUAUAAAUUGUCUUAGGUCUAGUCAUGAGGCUAAAAACUGUAGAUCUUUUGGAUGUAGAAAAUGCAACCGACGACACAAUACGUUAUUGCAUAUUGAUAGAGAGACAGGCAAUUCAGAAAAUAGAACAACCGCCAACAUAUCUAUUAAUAAUAGUUCGGAGUCAUAUAAACAUGCAGAAACUCCAAAUCAAGUUGUGGAUACGUCUAAUAUAGGAGCGGCAGCGUAUAGUAUGGUAAAAGCCAGUAGUCAAGUUAUUCUUUCCACGGCAGUAAUCGAUAUUAGGGACAAAAAAGGUAGCUACGUUAGAUGUAGAGUACUGCUGGAUAGUGGUUCACAAAUAAAUCUCAUCACAAGUGAUUUAGUUCAAAGAUUAGGUCUUAGCAGUCAAGAGACUAAUAUACCCGUUACAGGGGUAGGCCAAAAGGUAACAAAUAUUUUAAGACAAACUUACGCAACUAUUAGAUCUUUACACAAUACGUAUACAACUAAGAUUUUGGUUUUAAUAAUAGAAAAUGUGACGGCUCAUAUCCCAGCAAAAACUUUUGAUCUUUUAGAUUUAAACAUUCCCUCACAUUGCAGGUUAGCUGAUCCAAACUUUAAUCUGUCCGGUAAAAUUGAUAUGCUUAUUGGGGCCUCGUUAUUUUACGAUUUGCUUUGUACUGGCCAAAUAAAGUUGGGAAGAAAUCUUCCUACUCUUCAAAAAACGCUUCUGGGGUGGGUUGUUUCUGGGCCAUUCUUCGAAAAUAAAGAUAAAAAUAAAACGUUAGCUAGUCAAGAUGUAAGCCUUUGCAAUUUUUUGUCAACAGAAGAGAAAAUACAAAACCAGUUAGAGCAAUUUUGGUGUUUAGAAGAAUGCUCGAAUAGUGAGCCAUUGUUUUCCUUAGAAGAACGAGAUUGUGAAAAGUCAUUUAUAAAUAGUGUGACGCGGGAUAGAUUUGGUCGUUUUAGCGUAGGUUUACCAUUAAAGGAAAGUUUAAAUAAAUUAGGGGAUUCCUUUGAACAAGCGAAAACACGUUUUUAUAAUCUAGAAAAGAAAUUCAUUAGGGACCCAGAGUUGUACAGUAAAUACUCAUCUUUUAUUAAUGAAUAUGAACGGUUAGGCCAUAUGACUAGACUAGGGCCAGAUGACAUUUCCACUAAUAAUCCUACUUAUUACUUACCACAUCACGCUGUAAUGAAUGACUCUAGCAUUACAACGAAGCUUAGAGUGGUUUUUGACGCAAGCGCCAAGACCUCAACUAAUAUUUCUUUGAAUGACAUACUUAAGGUUGGGCCAACGAUACAGAGUGAUCUGUUUGAUAUUCUUAUUCGAUUUCGUAGACAUAGCGUAGUUAUAACAGCGGACAUAGAAAAAAUGUACCGUCAAAUUAACCUUUUGCCUAAGUAUCGCGAUUUACAGCGGAUAUUAUGGCGCGAAAAUCCAUACCUAGACCUUCAACAUUUUAGACUUAAUACUAUCACGUAUGGAACUUCUUCCGCCUCGUUCUUGGCAACAAGAUGUUUAAAACAAAUCUCAAUAGAUAUUCAGGAUAGAUUGCCCCUAGUAAGUUCUAUAAUAAAUAAUAGUUUCUAUGUAGAAGAUUUAAUCGCAACGGUGCCGACGAUUUCCGAGGCUGUAGAGGUUGCCAAUACUUUAACCUUUGAAUUAGGAAAAUAUGGAUUUCCCUUGAGAAAAUGGGCACCAAAUAAACUUGAAGUUUUAAACCAUAUUUCUAAUAAACCCAUGGAAAAUUCCGGUUAUUUUAUCACAAAUGACAGCACUAGAAAAACGUUAGGAGUAUUUUGGCGAGCUGAUUCCGAUCACCUAGAAUUUAGUACGAGAUUAAAAACCGUUGAAACUAAAAAUGUUACGAAACGCUUAAUUUUGUCCUUAGUGUCUCAGAUUUUUGAUCCGUUAGGCUUAGUAGGGCCGAUAACGGUAAGGGCGAAAAUGUUACUUCAAAAAUUGUGGAAGCUUAAUCUUCACUGGGAUGAGUCAGUCCCUCUAGACAUUUUUACAAUGUGGACUCACUUUUAUUCUCAACUUGAAUAUCUACAGGAAAUUAAAGUUCCUAGACAAUGUAUUUUAGACAAUUCGACUCAAAUAGAACUUCACGGUUUUGCAGAUGCCAGUGAGACAGCUUAUGGCGUUUGUAUAUUUCUGCGCAGUACGGACCGCCAAGGAAAUAUUUUAGUAAAUCUUCUAGCGUCGAAAUCUAGGGUAGCUCCGUUAAAGACCGUGUCGUUGCCUCGCUUAGGACUUUGUGCAGCUGUAGUGCUAGCAAGGUUACUUCAUAAAAUUAAUACUUCAAUCGAAAUAGACAUUAGUAGUACAUUUCUAUGGAGCGACUCCACUAUUACGUUGGUCUGGCUUACGGAGGAGCCAAGCACUUGGAGUACUUUUGUAGCAAAUCGUGUUGCUGAAAUUCAAAGACUGACUGAGAAUUGUAAAUGGAAUCACAUUAGCUCUGUUGAAAACCCAGCGGAUAUAAUUUCGAGGGGAGCCGAUUCCAAAUCCUUAAAACAUUCAGAAUUGUGGUGGCACGGACCUCGGUGGCUGCAGCAGGAGGCUGAAAUGUGGCCGAUAUAUAGUCUGGACAAUUGCCUCGAGCCUCCCGAACGACGAAAGGUAAAAACUUGCCUAAUUGCGACACAAAUAGAUUUAGAAUUGUUUAAUAGAUUUUCUUGCCUCUACCGAUUAAAUCGGGUAGUGGGUUGGUGCAUUAGGUUUUAUAGAAAUUCAAAAACUAGACCAGAUGAUAGGCAAAAGGACGAUUUAACAUUAGCUGAAAUGGAAAUUGCAUUAACCUGUUUAAUAAAAAGAGUACAAUAUCAGGCAUUCUUGGGUGAAAUUAGGGCUUUAGAAAAAAGGGGGUUGGUAUCUAACACUAGUAAUCUAAAAUCAUUGGAUCCAUUUUUAGACGACGGCGUCCUUAGAGUAGGGGGUCGAUUACGCAACUCAAAUGAGAAUUAUCAAAGUGUAUUACUUGUUUUCGGACCAAACCUCAAGUGUUGACUCAAAAAAUGGGUAACCUACCCCGUGAUCGACUAAUGGUUCAAAGGCCAUUCGCCAUUUGUGGAGUUGAUUAUGCAGGCCCAUUUAACAUUAAGGACGGAAAAUUGCGAAAUAGGUGUAUUGUUAAGGGCUAUAUGUGUGUUUUUGUCUGUUUCUCCACAAAGGCUGUCCACAUAGAGGCAGUUGGAGAUUUAACUAGUUCUUCCUUUUUGGAUUGUUUAAAAAGGUUCGUGUCACGCCGCGGUUGUUGUUCAAAAAUUUUCUCAGACAACGGAACGAACUUCGUUGGGGCUAAUCGGGAACUUAAAGAACUCGCUCAAAAUUUAGCUAAGUUAGAAAAGAAUAGCUUAAUUAAAAAUUACUGUAUGCAAAAUAAAAUAGAAUGGCAGUUUAUUCCCCCAAGAUCCCCUCACCAAGGUGGGCUUUGGGAGUCAUCAGUAAAGUCGGCAAAACACUUAAUUCAACGGGUAAUAGGGAGUCAAAAUCUUACAUUCGAACAGAUAUCAACAGUUUUCUGUCAAGUUGAAGCCGUGUUAAAUUCCAGACCACUAACUCCUUUAUCCCCCAGUCCAAAUGACCUCCAAAUUUUGACACCUGGUUACUUUCUCAUUGAAGCAUCACUGAAUGCCGUGCCGCAACAAGAUGUUUCCUGUAUUCCAACCAAUAGACUUAAUAAAUAUCAUAUGCUGCAACAAAUGGUGCAGCAUUUCUGGCAGCGAUGGUCUCUAGAAUACUUGACGACUCUGCAACAGCGCAACAAAUGGUAUAACACCGCAACUAUCAACAUUGGAGACAUGGUUGUUCUUAAGGAAGAUAAUACCCCGCCACUCAUGUGGAAAUUAGGCCGUAUUACAGCUGUUCAUCCUGGAAACGAUGGUGUGGUACGAGUCGUUAGCUGCCGUACGUCCAAUGGAACCGUUAAGCGUCCAGUUCAGAAGAUUGCUCUGCUGCCGUUUGCAGAUUUUAAUGAGCAGUAAAAGAAGACUGUAUGUAAUGUGAAUAGCCUACAUUAUGUUGUGUUAGUCUCCUGAAACUGGUUUCAAAUUCAAUGACUUAUGUAGUAUUGAUGUAUAGUGUCUCCUGUGAAACAAUGUUUAUUUUGUAAUGUGAUCUUAGUGCAUUAGGAUAUUACUGUUUAUUUCUGUUAAAUAAUUCUUAGUAUACAUAAGUAACAUUUUUAGAAUUUAUUUUACUUUUGUUUGUUUAUGCUUUAUAUUUCCAUGUAAUAUUAUUUUUUGUUUUUUCGGAUAUUAUUGAAAGCCAUACUUUCAAUGGCCGGCGGUAUAUGUUAAGUUCAAGAAUUUGUCACACACGCGGCAACGCCGCCAGCCUUGGUUUUGUAACUGCGCCGAACGAGACGAUCGCUCUCUUCUCUAGCAGCCGCCGCCAUGCUCGCAUCAUUAGUAUUUUAUUAGUUAUAAAAAUAUACAAUUUAAAUCAG